UCUCCAAAAAGGCAAGUUAUUCGUGCAAACAAAAAAGAAAAAAAUCUAUUUCACACACGAAGCGUCAUAAAUGAAUAAGAAAGGCUGCACCGAGGCAGCGCGCAUUCGAGGAGGUUCCCUUCCUUCCUCGCUUCGAUCCAACCUCAUGAAAGUGGACGCUCCCGGAUGGGAGGGAAAGAACAGGAGAGGACGUAGGGACUCAAAACCCAGACGUCCUCCCCCGCCGUUCCAGAGAACAGCGCUACGGCGCACUUGAGCAUAUGGGUGAUACAAUGAACGCGACGUUGACCCGCGAUCCCAGAACAACAACAUGGCCGCUCGCUGGGAACCCGCCGGUGAUCGCGUCCCUUCUUCUAGGUUACGUGUACAUCGUCAAGGUGGCCGGCCCGCGGUUCAUGCGGGACCGGAAGCCGUUCGACUUGAAACCCCUGAUCCUCGUCUACAAUGCGACUAUGGUUCUUCUCAACGUGUACUUCACGUACAACUUUCUGGUGAGGUCUUACCUGGGCGGCGGCUACAGUAUUCUCUGCCAAGGGAUCAAGUUCGACGCUGACCGGCGGACAUUAGAACUGGUGUCUCUAUGCUGGUGGUACCUCCUCGUCCGUAUCGCAGACCUGCUAGACACGGUGUUUUUCGUGUUGCGCAAGAAAGACUCCCACGUGUCGUUUCUUCACGUCGUCCACCACGUCCUGGUGGUGUUCAACGGCUGGUUCGGGCUCUCGUACGGCCCCGACGGACAGGUCAUGUUCUGUAUCUGUCUAAACAGCUUGGUGCACAUACUGAUGUACUCUUACUACUUCCUGUCCCUUCUGGGACCCGCCGUGCAGAAGCAUCUCUGGUGGAAGAAGUACCUAACUCAAGUGCAGCUCGUACAGUUCGUCUUCAUCUUCGUACAUAGCACCCUGCCUUUGUUUGUGGAAUGCGGCUAUCCGCGGACUCACACCUUCAUCGUCCUGUCAGAGUCUGCGUUGUUCUUCGCGCUCUUCAUCCAUUUCUACCGUCGUGCUUACGAAAACCGAAAGCUGCAGCGUGGGACGGCGCCGGUGACCGACAUCGGGCUUAGGCCUAAAGCUGCUUGAACGCCACGAAGAUCACGAUGAUAUCGAACACAUACAACGCUAGGAUCUUCAUCCCUUGUUUUCAUGAGCGUCGUAAAGAAGUAAUACUGUGAUGUAAGUUUCCAGGGUCGUUCCCACGAUUGUCGGCCGUCCGAGGAAAUGUUUGUAAACUGAAAUUUCCGUCGAGAAGGUUCGAGCCGCUUCUCCGAUUCGGUCUCGACAAUUAUAGCAGUCACCGCACGUUUAUACCGUGGUAGUAUAAGCUUUCGUUAAGCGUGGCACUGCCUAUUUGCAUUUCGACGCGGCAAUAUAAGCUAGGACGAAAGAGACGAAUUCUAGACAUUGCUGUGCGCGCUGCACUGUAGAAAAUUGUUGCGUGAAACCGUUAUACAAAACAAAAUACAUAGGGAUUUGUUUCGAUCUACGAGAACUACAUCAUACAAGCGAACCACAGUUGUUUGUAACGAGCGCAGAAUUAGCUCGCGAAAAUACGAGUCGUUGUCUUUCCCUUAUUAUCACGGUGGGUUUGUCCCGCCUUCUCGAAGGUGUGCCAACAAAGUGGUCUCUUUCUUACGCUGCCAUACACAAUCAUCAGAAGUGCUGCAUAAGACAGUUGCGCCCGUGCCGAGGGGGCAUCUCCCCCCCUCCCAAAUGUUCCAACCGUGAGUUGUGUACAAUGAAGACCCGUUUGACUUUCAUGUGGACCCAAGCCCAAAAACGAAACUGUGUUGUGGUUGCAUUGUAUGUUUAUUAGCAUCACGUGACAUGAGUGCUCAGACGUGUACUGAUGUGGUACUUGACUAUUACAUAUACCAGAAGGUCA